UCUCCACAACUGUAUAAUUAUUUCAUAGAGAUACAACUGAUAAGGAUGAAAAUAUAUUGAUUUGAUUAAUUGUAAUAGUUUGAAGAACAGAGAAAAAACAUGGCUUUACAAACUUCUAAUGACACUUCUUUGUCAACAUUCCUGGACUGUCUGCCACGCCUGCAGAGCAACUCAUCCGUGCAUGCAUCUGGAAAUAUGAGCAAGGAAGUUACCAAUACCACCUGUAGCAAUGUGUCUAUCAUCACAAAAGCCCCAUCGGUGCGUCAAAAAGAUAUGGACUCGGUGCGGAUCCUGCUUUACUCUCUCAUCUUCCUGCUCAGCGUCUUUGGCAACCUUCUGAUCAUUGUGGUCCUGACGGUCAACAAGCGCAUGCGCACGGUCACCAACUCCUUCCUGCUUUCGCUGGCGGUCAGUGACCUGAUGAUGGCUGUCUUCUGCAUGCCCUUCACACUCAUCCCCAACAUGCUGGAGGACUUCAUCUUUGGAGCCGCCAUGUGUAAAACGGUCACCUACUUCAUGGGGCUCUCCGUCAGCAUCUCCACCUUCAGCCUGGUCGCCAUAGCAAUCGAGAGGUACAGCGCCAUCUGCAACCCACUGAAGUCGCGAGUGUGGCAGACUCGUUCCCAUGCCUACCGGGUCAUCGCCGCCAUCUGGGUGUUGUCGUUGGUCAUGAUGGUGCCCUAUCCAGUGUUCAGCCACCUCAAGUCCUUCCCCAAACUCGACCGAACUACGGGACACAUGUGCCGCCUGGAAUGGCCAAGCGGUGGGGUGGAACAGAUGUGGUACAUGCUGUUGCUUUUAAUCUUGUUCUUCAUCCCUGGGGUUGUGAUGAUCGUUGCCUAUGGACUCAUCUCCAGAGAGCUGUACCGGGGGAUGAAGUUUGAGCUGGACCAAAACAGAGAGAACAGUUCACUGAAGAAUGGCGUAAACACCACUGUGACCACCAGCAACAACGACACAGACGAUGAUGGCUGCUACAUCCAGAUAACGAAGAAGCCACCAUCCAUGGAGCUGUCCACCCUCACCACCCCUACUCCGGCCCCUCCUAAACCCAAAGUGUCCGCCGAGCACCCUCGAAGCAAUACCUCGGAGGCUAAACUCUUGGCCAAGAAGCGUGUGAUCCGCAUGCUCAUUAUCACUGCCAUUCUCUUCUUCCUCUGCUGGAUGCCCCUGUACACGGCCAACACGUGGAAGGCAUUUCACAUCAGCUCAGCCCACCGGCUCCUCUCGGGGGCACCCAUCUCGUUCAUCCACCUAUUGAGCUACACAUCGGUGUGCGUCAACCCCGUUAUCUAUUGUUUUAUGAAUACACGCUUCCGCAAGGCGUUGCUCACCACCUUCGCCCACAGCCGUCCGCCCUGCUGUCGGCGCCGCCGGGAGAGGCGGAACGGCGGGGAUGAUGAGAUGACAGUGACGGGGACUAUGGGUCCUUUGUCCAUGUCCAAGAUCAGUUAUACCACAGUGAGCACCGCGGGGACCUACUGAUUCUUUGUGAAGGGGGCUAGGGGUACAGUGUCCAUAUUAGGACAGCCUCAUUCUCUGCAGGACCUCUUCCUAAUAUGGACCCUGUAUAGGGGAACACAGGGGGCUGUAGCAGUGGGUACACAGGUAGUUGUGACCAGGGAUGGCAAAUGACAGAAUGCUUGUGCAUUUUCUUUGCUUGUUCGCUCCUGAUUUCUUCACGUUUUAUUGUGUUACAUACUGAGAUUAAAAUGUAUUUAAUUUACAUUUUUUUUGUCAACGAUCUACUCAAGGCACUCUAAUGUCAAAGUGGAAGAAAAUGUCUAAUGAAAAAUAAAACACUAAUAUAUAUUAUAUAUAAAACACUAAUAUAUAUUGAUUUGAUAAGUAUUCACCCUCCUGACACCUUUGGGGAUCAUGACUAGACAUCAAUUUAAAGUCUUGCCAUACAUCUUCAAGCAGAUUUAAGUCAACUGUAACUGGGCCACUCAGGGACAUUCACUGUCUUCAUGGUAAGCAACUCCAGUGUAGAUUUGGCCUUGUGUUGUAGGUUAUUGUUCCACGGAAUGGUGAAUUCCUCUCCCAGUGUCUGGUAUUAAGCAGACUUAAGCAGUUUUUCCUGUGCUCAGCUCCAUCCCAUUUAUUUUUGUCAAUCAUACCUAUACCAUGAUGAAGCCAACACCAUACUUGAAAAUAAGGUGGCAUUUAGUCAAUUGUGUGUUUUAUUGGAUUUACCACUAACAUAAGGCUUUGCAUUUAGGUCAAAAAGUGUAUUCCUGUGCCAUGUUUUUUUUCAAGUAUUACUUUAGUGCCUUGUUGCAUACGUAUGCAUGUUUUAUUCUGUAUGUUUGCAUUCUUCUUUUCACGCUGUCAUCUAGGUCGUUAUUGGGGAGUCACUACAAUGUUUUUGAUCCACCCUCCGUUUUCUCCCAUCACAGCCAUUUAAAUCUGUAGCUGUUUUAAAAUCAUCAACGGUUUUAUCAUGGUGACAUCCUUGAGCAGUUUUCUUCCUGUUCUGCAGCUCAUUUCAUUAGGUCAACUGUAUCUUUUAUGUGUCUGGGUGGUUUAAAACAUAAUCAACAGCAUAAUUGUUAACUUUUUUAUUUGAUGUAUUUAACCUUUACAUAACCAGGCAAGUCAGUUAAGAAUAAAUUCUAAUUUACAAGGCAAAAGGCCUCCUGCGGGGACGGAGGCUAUGUCAGAUAGGGGGAGUGAGGCCUAAGAAGGUUUUAUAAAUAAGCAUCAAGCAGUGGGUCUUGCGACGGUUAUACAGAUAUGACCAGUUUACAGAGGAGUAUAGAGUACAGUGAUGUGUAAGGAGCAUUGGUGGCAUUUCUGAUGGCCGAAUGGUAAAGAACAUCGAGCCGCUCGAGAGCACCCUUAACUGCCGAUCUAUAAAUUACAUCUCCGUAAUCUGGCAAUGGUAAAAUGGUCAUCUGAAUCAGGGUUAGUUUUGCAGUUGGGAUGAAGAGGAGCGAUUACGAUAGAGGAAACCAAGUCUAGAUUUAGCUUUAGCCUGCAGCUUUGAUAUGCACUGAGAGAGGGACAGUGUACUGUCUAGCCAUGCUCCAAAGUACUUGUAUGAGGUGACUACCUCAAGCUCUAAACCCUCAGAGGUAGUAAUCACACCUGUCGGGAGAGGGGCCUUCUUCUUACCAAACCAUAUGACCUUUGUUGGGAAAAGAUAGGAUAAGGCCCAUAGUGUACAAAACAUUGUGUAUGUGUGCCGUUCAGAAAUAAGGAUAAUGGCAGAGAAAGCAUGUUGGACACUAAGAAAUCUUUGUUUUAGAGUGUUUAACACAAAAUCAGGAGGGGCUGUAUCAUGCAUAUACAGUACAUGGAUGAAAGAGCUUCCUACUGCCUACUGCCUGACCUAUGUUGUUGAUGUAAAUUGAGAAGAGUAUGGGGCCUAAAAUUGAGCCUUGGAGUACUCCCUUGGUGACAGGCAGCGGCUGAGACCGCAGAUGUUCUGACAUUAUACACUGCACGCUUUGAGAAAACUUGAUUAAGCUUAAAUGUCAGACUUGUUAUUGUUACCCAUCCAUCAAUCACUGCCCUUCUUUAUGAGGCUUUCAAAAAGCUUCCUGGUCUUUGUAGUUGAGUUUGUGCUAAAUUCAAUACUUGACUGAGGGGCCUUACAGAUGUUGUAUGUAUGGGGGACAGAGGAAGGGAUAGUCAUAAAAAAAUUAUGCCAACCCCUGUUAUUUCACACAGUUAGUCCAUAUAUUUUACUACUGAACUGAUUUAGGUUUGCCUAAACAAAGGUGGUGAAUACUUAUGCAACAAAUAUAUUUUAGUUAUUUAGGUUUUCCUUUGUACACACAGUUCAUUUGUACACAUUUGUAGACUUCUCUUUUCACUUUAACAAUAUGGAGUAUUAUGUGUAGAUCAACGUGUAGAUCAACGACAAAAAAAAAUCCAAGGGGUGUGAAUACUUAUGAUACCCACUGUAUGUGCGGUUUAUUUAUAGGACUGAUUACCUGAACAUACAAGGUAUUUCAAAUACAAAAUGGAAUGUUGAUAUUUUAUGUAGUACUUAAAUGUGUGUGUGCUGUAUAUGUAAUGUAAAUGUUUCCGUAUUUUUUAUUGUUUUUAUAAAUCAAUGCCAAACUGUAUCACACAAUGAGGAAAAGAGAGCAUACGACCACAUACACUGAGUGUACAAAACAUUGUGUAUGUGUGCCAUUCAGAGGGUGAAUGGGCAAGACAAAAGAUUUAAGUGCCUUGUGUGAAGAACUGCAAAGCUGUUGGGUUUUUCACGCUCAACAGUUUCCCGUGUGUAUCAAGAAUCGUCCACCACCCAAAGGACAUCCAGCCAGCUUGACACAACAGUGGGAAGCAUUGGAGUCAACAUGGGGCAGCCUCCCUUUGGAAUGCUUUCAACACCUUGUAGUGUCCAUGCCCCAAAGAGUUGAGGGUGUUCUGAGGGCAAAAGGGGGUGCAACUUAAUAGGAAGGUGUUCCUAAUGUUUUAUACACUCAAUGUAGAAGUUGUCUGAUUACUCAUCCUGAAUUUAAUUUUGCUGGUCUAUCAAUCGCUCCGUACAUCAGUCUGAACCUACUACUUUGGAAGUCGUUUGUGCUGACGUGAAGAUGUGUAUAGGCCCAACCCAUCGGUUUCUAGGGCCAACCAGAACGGUUUGACUUUGUUCGCAUUUAAGAAGGCAAAAUUCCAAAACUUUAGUGGGUGUGGCAUUUGGCCGGAGAUGUGGAUGGGUAACCAGGCAAACAUAGAAGAUCUGUCACCCAAAGACUAUUGAUACAGUAGCUUGGUGGUUGGUGUCUUAUAGCUCCCUACCGGAAAUGUACAGUAUAUGUUUAAAACUAGUUGGAAAUACUAUAAUUACACAAUAGCACAUUUAAUUUGAACACAAAUUAAAUUAUUACAUAUUUUCGUAUUUCACCCCCUUUUACUCCCAAUUACAAUCUUGCCUCAUCGCUGCAACUCCCCAAAGGGCUCGGGAGAGACGAAGGUCGAGUCGUACAUCCUCCAAAACAUGACCCGCCAAAGUGCCCUCCUUAACACCCACCUGCUUAACCUUGAAGCCAGCUGCACCAAACACUGUUCAACUGACGACUGAGGUCAGCCUGCAGGCGCACAGCCCACCACAAAGAUCAUUAGAGCAUGAUGAGCCAAGUAAUGCGCCCUCGGUCAAACCCUCCCCUAACCUGGACGACGCUGAGCCAAUUGUGCGCCACUCUAUGGGACUCCCGGUCACAGCUGGUUGUGACAUAGCCUGCGAUGCAGGGCCUUAGACCACUGCGGCACUCAGGAGGCCCCGAAUUGUACCAUGUUAUAUGCAUUCUAUUCCGCCUUCGCUUUCACAAACAGCUAAAACGCUUGUUUGGAGUGGAGGUUAUUUUUUCACGAAAUACAUUUCAAAUGUAUUGGAAAGAGGUUAUCAAGUCCAUUCAAAUACAUGGAACAUGUUGCAAUUACAAACAUAUAAAUCUUGUGUGAAAUAUCCGGUAAAGCUGUUUUCCACAGACAGUUAUUACCUCCUCUGAAAUGCUGUUGAAGCUUUUUAUUGAGGGAAGGUACCACAGCCACAGUGUAUCUACCAUCCUCGCGUUGAACAUAUGAAAAACCAUGUUGUACCUGCUGUAGCAAGUAUUUGCUUUGUUAUUUCAUGGUCCGAAGGAAAAUUCCUGCUAAGAAUAUGUUUCAAUGUACCUGUUUGCAAAUUGCAAUGUUUCAGAUCCAUCCAUGCAUUAUGUGAUUGGUCUGUAUACCGCAGGUGGACUUGCUCUUUGCUCAACGGUGUUCUGGCUAUACAUGGUACAGAAAAGCUGUUUUAGUCCAAGUCAACCUUCAUGCUUGAGUUUCUCUGCAGUGUACUCACCCACCCCAUGUCCUCACCCACCAACCGUAGCAGAGGCAAAUUGAUCGUGCUCAGCUUUAGACAUGCUCAAAACUUCGAUUUUAUGGUUAUAGAUAAACAGCUGUAUUUUGGAGAGCUCCUGCAAUGCGGAUCUCAUUGCUUCCUCAUCUUAAACAUGUUUACAAAUAGCUGUAUUAUUGACUGUAUUAUUGACUGUGCCAUGGAAAGGACUAAAUCCUCCUUUUAGUGUCUGGUAAUACACUAUACUUUCCAACAAUCCACAGUGUAGCAAAGAACUGACACCAUUUAGAUUAUGCUGCUUUACGGUGUCCAUAUUAGGACAGCCUCUGUCUCAUCAGUACUGCUUAGAAUAAUCAUAACACAGUCAAAUGAAGUAAUGAACCGAUGAAACCCAAAAUGUGCAGAAACCCCAUGAAAUCCAAAAUGCACAGAAGGUCACACACAUUACAUGCUUAUUUAUUUCCACGCCAGUGCACACGCACGCACAGACACACACAUACAGACACACACAACACACACACACACACAAAGGAUCAGAGCUAAAUCCUAUGCAGGAUUACACAAUUAUACAAUUUCAAUGCCCUCGAUGUUUCACCUUUACUUUUCCUCCCCUUAGGAAAUGAAAAUAGGCCUCUUUCCAUGUUCUAACCUUAUCCCCCUUAGACCUUUUCUCUCUCAGCAGAGAGGCGUUGAAUAUAUGAACGCAAUAGAGACACUGCUGUGAUAUGCUUAUGGUCCGUGUUCGAUAACAGUAUGUCACAGAGACUUUAGGAGAUUAUUUGACUCCAAUGAGCACAUGCAUAAACUCGCACAUACCUUGUAAAAGACAUUGUUCAAUCGUAGGUGUCUCUUAAUCUUGGUAUGACAAACGCCUGGGAGGGAAUUCGGUAACACUCUACCUAUAGCCUGUUGGUGAAAUGCUUUAUAAGUAUUAUGAGCCCUACAAUGCAUUAUAACUGCAGGCUUUACGUAAAGUUUUACAGGGAAUUCAUCACUUGUCUGUCUCUCUCUUCGUUGAUCAGCGUGGAGUAGCAUGCACCACACUUAGUAUCGUUUGCUGCUCUCCCUGGCCUCAAUUUGACCUUGUUUAUCUACAAUCUGUUCCUAUUGUUAUGAUCCUCUGUCCCGGUUACAAAAAGCCAAUAUCCAUUUUAAUACUCUGUUUAAUUAGUGUUAAUCUAAACUUCAUCCCUACACACGAUAUGAUUAGCAAACAUAUCAUUGUGUGGUGUGUCUCUCAAUUGUGGUGUCAGCUUCACGAAUGUUGUACGUAUGAGGACCAUAAAUAACCAUUCACAACAACGUUAUGACUAAAAAUCUGUCUUUCUUUAAAAAACAUCUUUAUUUCUUUAUAUUUUUUCCCCAAAUUACAAACCUUCCCCUGCCUUUGUAAGAGCAAUAGUUUAUUGCUAGAUAUAGAUGGAGCUAAGAGGGCAAAGCCAACAAUAACUACAAAUAACAUUUUAAUGUUAGGUUCUUAUCCUCCAAGAUAUAAAAACUCGAACACAAUUCUCUAAUGUAGUUGAAGAAAUGGCUCCUGGUAAUCGGAAAUGGGACCGAGAAUAAGACCCUGGUGUUAAAAUGUCUGUGGCUGAUUCCAGAAACUCUAAAGUCAACAUGGCACCCUUAAUGGAAAUGUAAAAUUGAAAUGGACCUAGACGAGGUGAACAUGUCACUUGUUCCUGUGAGAGCAUUUAUUCAGGAUAAACUCCAUGUCUCUCUUCUUUAAAUAGGUGUUAAAAUAAGAAAAAUACAGGCGCCAUGGACAAACAAUCUUGGUCUCGCCUCGUUUUCCAAUAAUUGUCUUGUACGUUUCAAGGUACCACGUGGCACCAACUAAAUUACCUAGGGGACUUUAUUCAUUUACAAUACAUGAUUAAACUGCCUUGUUGUCUUUGUCUAUCAUUUGUUCUUAGUCUGGUGAUGCCUGCUUUUUUAUUUAGUUAAGGAUCUAUCGCUGUUUUUCUUUGCUCUAUUCCUUCUUGUUAUUCGCAUUGACAGAGUAAUGCAUGCAAUGUAGUCCAAAUGAGAACUUGAUUUAAGACAGUAUUAAAUGAUAGUGGCUUUACUGAUAGUUCAUUCAGGGGUAGCUUGGUUUUGCACAGCAGUGCCAGUGUGUCUUGGAUGGAGGGAGAAUGGGAGAUAGAAAACCUGAUUGAAAAGUAAUCUUGCACACAAAACCAGACUGACAAUUUAUACAACAAGUGAAAACUAUAUUCUUAAUACAGGACAUGCUGCUUUGCAAACCAAAGCACCAAGACAGACCAACACAAAUGUCGGACGUGCGCAAUUGAUCACUUCUUGGCAGACAACAAACGGUGACGAUUCAAUAUGCAGAAUCGUCUGGAAAUGAAAGGAAAACGAUGGCUGAUGUUCUGUGUUUAGAGACGAUAGGAUGGCCUCUCACUUUACACGACACCCACCCACUUAAACAAACUUCUGAAAGUAUUAUAUGAAAUCGAAUUAACUGCAAUUGAUUUAAUACAGGAUAAAUGGGAAUCUAAAUGUGAUUUGAUGUAUAAUUUCCGCCAAAUAAUAGUAAGCCAAUAGCAUAUUUUCGAAAGAUGCUGACAUCAUAUGCAUUAUGUGAGUCAUUCUAUGGUUCUGUUUACUGUAUAAAAGUUUCUGUGAUUAAUCUUGGGAAGUCAUUUUUACAUUAUAUCAAAUGUGUGUUAUAGAGACACAUUUUUCAAAAACAAUUUUCACACAAUCUUCCCAUAUUUUGGAGGAUUUUGAAUGAUUGAGAUAGGAGUAAGAGCGGAUCAUUCAUCAUCUUGCUCUCUGAUGAGUAGAGAAACGCAUGAUGAAUGUUUGAGCCCAAGCUCUAGUGGAUGACACACCAUCAACCCAUUUUUGGAAUGGUAAGGUUAUGUUAUAGCAAGCCAAAUUAUACUGGGGAAAAACAAACACAGCAUGUAAAGUGUUGGUCCCAUGUUUCAUGAGAUGAAAUAAAAUAUCCCAGAUUUUUUCCAUAUGCACUUAAAAGCUUAUUUCUCUAAAAUAUUGCACAAAAAUGUGUUUACAUCCCUGCUGGUGAACAUUUCUCCUUUGCCAAGAUAAUCCAUCCAUCUGACAGAUGUGGCAUAUCAAGAAGCUGAUUAAACAGCAUGAUCAUUACACAGGUACAACUUGUACUGAGGACAAUAAAAUGCCACUCUAAAAUGUACAAUUUUGUCACACAACACAAUGCCACAGAAAUCUCAAAUUUUGAGGGAGCAUGCAUGUUGACUGCCAGAAUGUCCCCCAGAGCUGUUGCCAGAGAAUUGAAUGCUCAUUUAUCUACCAUAAGCCACCUCCAAGGUCGUUUUAAUGAAUUUGGCAGUACUUCCAACCUGCCUCACAACUGCAGACCACGCCAGUCCCGGACCUCCAUAUCUGGCUUCUUCACCUUGUAGGAUGGUCUAAGACCAGCCACCCAGACAGGAGUAUUUCUGUCUGUAAUUAAGCUCUUUUGUAAGGAAAAACUCAUUCUGAUUGGCUGGGCCUGGCUCCCCAGUGGGUGUGCCUGGCUCUCCAGUGGGUGGGCCUAUGCCCUCCCAGGCCCACCCAUGGCUGUGCCCCUGCCAAGUCGUGUGAAAUCCAUAGAUUAGGGCCUUAUGCGUGUAUUUCAAUUGACUGAUUUCCUUAUAUGAACUGUAACUCAGUAAAAUCAUUGAAAUUCUUCGUGUUUAUAAUUGCAAUUUCCAACCGUCGACUAGGAGCAACGCGAGUGCCUGCUAAUUUGGUCGGAUCGCAACAAGCUAGGGCAUUGGGGAGGAGGAUAAGCUAAAACUAUGCGCUAUGGCCCCAAGAAAUCACAGGUUCAAUCCCAGUGUUAGGCAUUUCUUUUGUGUUUUAACCCUUUACCAAACCUUAACCAUUCAGAAUUAAUGCCUAACCUUAACCCUAAUACCUAAACUUAACCUAGACCUUAACACUUACUCAGUUAAUGCCUAAACACAUUUUUCCCUUUCGUGCAGUUUGAAUGACAGCUAACACAUGUGGAUAAAUAAGAUACUUUUGUACAUGGUUCCAUUCUUACUUGGUUGAAUCCUUGAAGUAUUUAAGUAACUGCAACCAUCAAGUCUGAGCAACUGACUGCCAUUAACUUUUGAUAGCGUUAUACUGCAUUAUUUUCUGUAUCCAUCUGAUUUGUCCAUGCCAGGCCAGCUUUUGGUGUAAAUUAUUUGGUGUAAAUUAUUAUCUGUAAAAUGUUAGUGUCACUUUGCAAUGUUUUCAGGAUUCUGGUUAGCUUCCCCACUUUGUAAUGUUUUCAGGUUUCUGUGUUUAUUUGUGUUUCAUGUCAAAUUAUAUUUAAAAAACAAUAAAUGUUUGGGCAACUCAGAUAGGCGGUCUGUCAUUAAAUGUACACUGUGUUUUUGUGUGUGUGUGUCUCUGUCUGUGUGUGUGUGUGUGCAUACGUACACACAUGUCUGUGGCUGUGUGUACCAUAGUGUGCAUGCAUAGACCUACGGGUGUGUACGUGUUCAUGGGAAUUUGAAUUCCACCAGCACUGAACAGUAUCUCCUCAUUUGAUGUAACUUCUCUGGUUGCUGCUACCAUAAAACAGGUUCUCUCGUGUGUCCGUUUAUAGGCCUGUGAAAGAUUUUGCGUGAGGUCAACACUAAAUAGAGCUCAUUGGUUCACUCUAUAGAGGCCGGUAUUUCAUGCUAACAUCAGGGCCAGGUCUCAAAAGCUCCCAUUUGACGUGGUACCCCCUCAGGUGAAGGGCAUAAACACUCGGUUUGUACAACUGAUGUACAACUCAUUUGACAAAACAGACAACACACAAUGAUUGUGUACAAAAAAUUGUGAAGACAAACUGUUGCAUCACAAAAAUAUCAGUAUCACGUCCAUUAUAUCAAAUGUGUUUUACGUGACCAGUGUGGCUGGAUACAAUUUGUGUGGGUGUGCGGGAGAGUGUUUUUUGGCAAUAUUUGUGUGUGUGUGUGUGUGUGUGUGUGUGUGUGUGUGUGUGUGUGUGUGUGUGUGUGUGUGUG